UUUUUUUGGGUUUGGCUUCUCUUGGAAUUCUUGGAGCGAGGCUGAUCGUUGUAUGUACUCUCUCUUCUGUAGCUACUCGGAGGUAGACACAGACGUCACAGAGACAGAGAGUGAGAGAGAGAGAGAGAGAGAGGCUGAUCAAGAAAGAUUGUGUGUUUUCUGAAUGCAAAACUGACCGGAUAGAGUUUUGGGAUUUUUCCUACUCGAAUUUGAAUUCCAAAAUGUCACAGUCAGAUAUCCGGAAGUGGUUUAUGAAGUCGCAUGACAAAGGCAAAGGCAAUGGCAGCACGGAUUCUAAGCCAGCGAAACCUGCACAACCACCUGUGACACGUGUAGCGGAGAAAACUUCUCAAGCUAAGUCUCAGCCUGAAAAGCCGGUGCAAGCAAGCCAAGAAAAUUCAGGCAGAAGGAAAACCAGCAAGUAUUUUUCUAAAGACAAGCCCAAAGAAGAAGAACCAGUGGAGGUUCCAUCCAAAAGAAAGAAUCAAAAGGAUCUUGAUAAAUCAGAUAAACCCUUGCCUGGCAAAAAAAUUCGCAUAGCUGAAAGUGAUAGUGACGAUGAUUUCAUCUUGCCUAAUUCUAAGAGCUCAGAUGAUGCUACUCCCAAAAAGAAAUUGAAAAGUGGAUCAGGCAGGGGAAUUGUACAAAAACGUCUGGCUGUUGAUGAAAGUGACGGAGACGAUGUGGAAGAUAAGGAAGCUUCUCUUAAGUCGACCGGAAGAGGUCGUGGUGGAAGAGGUGGAUCAGGCAGGGGAGUUGUAAAGAAACCUCUGAACGUUGAUGAAAGUGAUGAAGAUGAUGUAGAAGACAAGGAAGCUCCUCUUAAGUCUACUGGAAGAGGCCGUGGUGGAAGAGGUGCCUCUGCAGCAGCUCCAGCUGGCGGAAGAGGCAGAGGUGCUGGGCGGGGUGGGUUUAUGAAUUUUGGGGAAAGGAAAGAUCCUCCAAACAAAGGACAAAAGGAAGUUCCUGAAGGUGCUUCAGAUUGUUUGGCUGGUUUGACUUUUGUAAUUAGUGGUACGCUUGACAGUUUGGAAAGGGAAGAAGCGGAAGACUUGAUUAAGCGCCAUGGUGGCCGUGUUACUGGAUCUGUCAGCAAGAAAACGAAUUAUCUCCUAUGUGAUGAAGAUAUUGGGGGGAGGAAAUCCUCUAAAGCUAAAGAGCUUGGUACGACUUUUCUUACGGAGGACGGAUUGUUUGAUAUGAUUCGUGCAUCAAAUCAUGCUAAGACACCUGCUUUAGAAUCAAAGAAAUCGAUGGAUAGUGCUGAUGUAUCUCUCACAAAGAAGAGUCCGCAGAAAGUAGAAACAAAGAAGAUUCUGAGUGAUAGCUCCUUGACAAAAAAUGUAGCCAAAAAAGGUUUGACCUCAGGUGCUUCCCCAGCCAAGCAAAGAGGUAAAUCUACUCAGUAUUCUGCAUUGACAUGGACAGAAAAGUAUAGGCCAAAAGUUCCAAAUGACCUUAUCGGGAAUCAGUCAUUGGUAAAGCAGCUUCAUGAUUGGUUGGUAAACUGGCAUAAGCAAUUUCUUGAUACUGGAAGUAAGAAAACGGGUAAAAAAGCAAAUGACUCUGGUGCCAAAAAGGCUGUACUGCUGAGUGGAACUCCUGGAAUAGGGAAAACAACAUCGGCAAAGUUGGUCUGUCAGAUGCUUGGUUUCCAGGCUAUUGAGGUAAAUGCUAGUGACACUCGGGGGAAAGCUGAUGCUAAGAUCGAAAAAGGAAUUGGUGGAAGCAAUGCAAAUUCUAUAAAAGAGCUUGUCAGCAAUGAGGCCCUGAGUAUUGAUAUGGAUCGGUCAAAACAUCCAAAAUCUGUACUUAUUAUGGAUGAAGUUGAUGGGAUGUCUGCUGGAGAUAGAGGCGGAAUUGCUGAUCUUAUUUCUAGCAUCAAGAUAUCUAAAAUUCCUAUCAUCUGCAUCUGCAAUGACCGCUACAGUCAGAAAUUGAAGAGUCUUGUGAACUACUGUUUGCUUCUCAGCUUUCGGAAGCCUACCAAACAACAGGUGGCAAAGAGGUUAAUGCAAGUUGCAAAUGCUGAAGGCCUUCAAGCCAAUGAGAUUGCGCUGGAGGAACUAGCAGAACGAGUGAAUGGAGAUAUGCGUAUGGCACUAAACCAGUUGCAGUAUAUGAGCCUCUCAAUGUCAGUCAUAAAAUAUGAUGAUGUGAGGCAGCGCCUGCUUACCAGUGGAAAGGAUGAAGAUAUUUCACCCUUUACAGCCGUUGAUAAGCUAUUUGGUUUUAAUGCAGGGAAGUUGAGAAUGGAUGAGCGGAUUGAUUUAAGCAUGAGUGAUCCUGAUCUAGUCCCUCUUCUUAUUCAGGAAAAUUAUAUUAACUAUAGGCCAAGUUCAAUCGGUAAAGAUGACAAUGGGAUGAAACGUUUGAAUUUGAUUGCCCGAGCUGCUGAGUCUAUUGGCGAUGGGGACAUUUUCAAUGUACAGAUACGAAAAUAUCGGCAAUGGCAACUUUCUCAAAGUGGUUCUCUGGCAUCCUGUAUUAUUCCUGCUGCACUGUUGCAUGGGCAAAGAGAGACACUUGAGCAGGGAGAAAGAAAUUUUAACAGAUUUGGUAGCUGGCUGGGAAAGAACUCAUCAUUAGGGAAAAAUAAGAGGCUUUUGGAGGAUUUGCAUGUCCAUCUUCUUGCUUCACGUGAAUAUAAUUCAGAGAGAGAAACCCUGCGAGUUGAAUACCUUACACUUCUCCUGAAACGAUUGACUGAGCCACUACGGGUCCUGCCUAAGGAUGAAGCCGUCCAGGAAGUUGUUGAGUUCAUGAAUACAUACUCCAUUAGUCAGGAGGACUUUGACACUGUUGUGGAAAUAUCCAAGUUUAAGGGGCGUCCAAAUCCUAUGGAUGGUGUACAAUCUACUGUUAAAGCAGCACUGACCAGAGCAUAUAAAGAAGGGAACAAAUUCCGGAUGGUACGAGCUGCAGAUUUUGUUACACUUCCUGGAAUUAAGAAAGCCCCCAAGAAGCGGAUUGCAGCAAUUCUAGAACCAUAUGAUGAUGAAAUAGGCGAAAACAAUGAUGACCAAGUGGCAGUAAGUGAAGAUGAUUCUUCAAAUGAAGAGGACUUGGAAGGUUCAGCUGUUGGUGAGAAGUUGCAACAAGAACUUCAAAGUUUGAACUCAAAAGGGGUGCAAGUCCAAGUGGAUUUGAAGGGUUCAGGAAAUUCAAAUGGCAAGAAAACACCAGCUAGUAGAGGAAAAAAUAAUUCAAGUGCCUCGCAGAAAAAAGGCGCAGGAGGUUCAGGGUCCGGUACCAAGAGAAAGAGAUAAUAAAAUGAAAACGAACUGGGCUUGAUGUGUGCAGUUUUCGGUGUUUAUAACCAAUGUACUUGGCACUCCCAGUACAUGAAUGAUUUUUGUAGAUAGUGAGGAUUUUUUGAUGUGUUCCUCAGGCAGUGUUCUACGUGUACUGGGGUUGCUAUGGGUAUAUAGUUGUAAGCUGUGAUCUAUAUUUUUCAGUGAAUGUUGGGUGAAUUUAACCAAGGAAUGCUGACAUGGAACAUUAGAUAUUUGCCAUGAAGUUCACAGUCAAAACUCGUAUAAAUACUUCUUCAGGUGGUA